GACGGCUGGCCUCCCAAACAUGAUCCAAUCUGUCAAAUAACCAGCGAAUAAUUUCAAACUGCAUAUUCUGCUUGGUUUUGCUGCAUUGAACUGUUUUGGUUUUCUGAUAAUUUAUCCUUCAAAAUGGUACCCACAAGCGUAAUUUGCUAGUGUGCACGGACAGUGGAAAUCCAAGACCCACAAACGGCCUACCGGGCAGCACAAACUGUGCGGAAAGUGAGUGGAUCUGACUUUUCGCCAAGGCAAUUUGUUGUUUACAUAUUUUCACAUUUGCUCUCGGUUUUGGAGUGAAUUUAACAAACGACAGCGGAAUGGACAAUUGCCAUAACUAUGCUACAACCUCGAAAAAGAAGAGGAUUCCCAUUUCGGACGAUAUUCACAUUAUUAUUAAGAAGUUUCGGGAUAAGGACAAACACGAUGAAAAGCCUUCAAAUUCUGGUGAUCAUGACUAUGAUGAUGAACACAGCAUGGAUUCAGAAGAGUUGAAAAGGAUUCGUUCAGCUGAACCUUCCUCGACGUGUGUUGGGGCGAGCACUUCGUCCAGUAAUAGUAGCGGUACUCUGGGAGCUAUUGGCACUAUAAUGGCGGGAAGUGUUCCUAUCGGAGCGUCCAGUUCGGCAGUUCAACAACCAGCUGCAUCUCAAUCCGACGAUAUCAAACUGAUACUGAAAAAGCUGACAAACAUCGAGGACUUGCUGAAGGUGGUGGCUGAGCAGAGUUUCAAUCGUUUAGCGGCGCUAAAGCAGGAAGCGGCCAGCACUACCACAGUGGUACCGACAACAGCGGCAAGUCUUGGCUUGAUAGCGGCAGAUCCUACCUGCAUCAAUGUAGAAUCCACAUUCAAGUUUCCCAUGCGGACACUGAAAGAACUGAUCGAACUGAACAAGGGGAUAUGUAGCGACGAGAGUUUGUACAACAAACUAUUCGAGCAUCUCACCAAAAUUAAGUUGGAAUGCGAUGAGAACAUAGUAAUGAAUGCUCUCAGCAUGAUAGUCAGCGACGAGGUACUCGACGCGGUCAGUUGGGACGGCGGGAAAAAGUUCAAAUUAUCUUCGCUUGUGAUUUUUAGCGAUUCUCUGUACGUGGCCUGGUUCAAGGAUAAACUGAAAUACGACGAGUACGUGGCAGAGAUGAAGGAAGCCAUCGAAAAGUCCCACCGGCGAUACGCUAAAGCGAAGACGAAAAAAUUCACCCAGCAGCACCAAACGUUGACACUAACGACAGCCAGUGGCGCAACUACGACCGCAACCGUCGUAAGCGAUGGGCAACUCUUUCUGUCGUAGUUCCCCCCUACUGGCAGAUGCAAUAAGCAGCGCACCCACCCGCAGCGAUAGGUUUCCACUCAUACCGGAGCUUUUAAUUGUUUGUUUUGUUCCUUGAAUGCCGUUGUUCGCGACCUUAUACAAUAUAGUCACCGGGAGCAGAAACGGUUUACACUACUGCACUUCCCCCCUCUAGAGAGUAGCUCUCCGUGAUUUGUUGGUUUUGUUGUGUAUCUUCCCCCCAAUUACUAAUCAAAACGGAGAAUAAAAAUAUGUUUGAAACAAA